AUGCUGGACGAAUUGGCGGGCGAAAACCCGUUUCUCCACCUGUACAAGGACAUUUCGCGGUUCUACCCGCCCAAAUCCGCGAAAGGCCAGGUGGAGCCGGAUAUCCGCGGGAGCGUCUAUCAGUACGAACGAAUCUAUUUCGUGAAGUGGAUGGACCUGAGUCUGAGCGACGCCACGUGGGAGCGCGCAUGUGACAUCAACGUACCCGCUUCGAUCGAAUUCCACGUAGGACGACGCGAAGAUCCAGCAGUUCGUCGACUACAACACCAUUCCCCCGCGGUUACUCGCUCUCUACGGCGACUAUCUCCCCGAGAACUACCUCUGUUUCCCCGUUUCUCCGUUUUAAGGGUAGCUCUGUUCCUGCCUCGGCCGCCGCCAGACCACCCGACGUCGGUGCCGGUGGUGCAGCAAAUCACGAAGGGGAAGCGCGGACGUCCUCGGAAGAUCGACGCGCCGCGGCGUCGGAACAAGCUGCGGAUGUGUAUCGACCCGAACGUGCCGGUAGUGGACCGGAACGAGGCGAAGGCGAACGGGUAUCGGCCGCCGCUGGGCGGCGUGUGGCGGCGGAUUCUGAACAUCGUGAUGGUGCUGAGCAACUGCAGGCAGCUGGACAUCGCGACGUUCUGCGGGUUCGCGCAGAGCUCGCUGAGUCUCUGGGUCAACGGGAAGUACUGCGGAGACACCAAGCAGAUGCUGCAGAAGCUUAAACACUGGGUCGAUAAGACCUAUCCCGAGCUUGGAAAAAUCGCGCGCGCCAACACGCAACUCGAUCCGUUCUUGAAAGCCUGCCAUCCCUGGCUGUCCGAGUACGUGCGAAGCCACCCCGAGCUCGACUUGAACGAGAGCGACGUCGACGUGCUGCUCGGCGUGCAGGAGGAACAAAAACCCGAUCCCAAGCCCUCCAAACGCGCAGCCGGCGGCGCCAAGCCCUCCAAGCGCGACGAGAUCUUCGAGAUUUCCCCGUUCCCGCCCGCCACGCACAGCGAGAAACUCUAUUCCAGCGACUUCGACUUCCAGCAGGCCAUGAAAUACUGUUCCGGGUUCGGACCCAUCGGCACGUGCUCCCUUCUCCCCGAAGAGCCCGCCAAAGCCGACCAGCAGGACCGCACCGUGAUUUUCCGCGUCAUCGACGGCGUUUCCUACGACCCUCCCGCGGUUAUCGCGCCGUCGCUCGCGGAGAAGAAGCCGGUGGUGCUGCCCCCCGCGAUUGCGGCGCCGCUGCCGGGGAAAGUGGAGCUGACGUACGUGCAGAGCGUGGGGUUGGAGGAGGUGCGCGCGGUGCAGGAAGCCGGGCUGGACGCGAGUUAUUCGCUGAACGACGUGAUGAAAACAGUGAUCUAUAAUGAUCAUGAGAUCGAUCCCGCGGGGUACGCGGUGCGCAACAUGGUGAUCGGCGUGAUUGACAACACCGUGGAGAAUUUCGGCGGGCUGCGCGCCUGCGCGGCGGAGCUGCGGAACGGGAAUAAAUUCGUGUUGGAAGUGAACAAUCUGGGCAGCUCGGCGGAGUGCGUGCUGCCCAUUCUCAAUUCCAAGAGCGCGUUCGCUUUCAAUCCACAGGUCGCAGCCGAGAAAACCCCCGUUUCCGAAUCGGGAGCCUCGCCUGUGCCGACGGAGCCUCGAGAAGGGGAAACUGGGGAAACCGGGGAACCAGCAGCAGCAACAACAACAACAACAAAAGGGAAUGAAAUGGAAGAAGAAGAAGAAGAAGAAGAAGAAGAAGCAGAGGAAGCAGAAGAAGAAGGAGAAGGAGAAGGAGAAGACGAGGGCGAAGAAGGAGAAACUGGAGAAACCAUGGAAACCGUAGAAACGCCGAUCAAAGAAGAAGAAGAAGAGGAAGAGAGUGUGAAGGUGGAGGUGAAGGUGGAGAGGGAGAGCGCGAAGAAACCGGCGUCUUCCCGCGGGCAGUCGAUCGUGCCGUCGACAAAGAUGAUCGCAUUGAACCGGGCGAAGAAGCGCGCGUUCGCGGAGAGCUGCGCGCGCAAGAGCGUGACGGUGGACGAUCUGAUGUGCAUGCUGUUUAAGCCGAGUCGUCUCAACGCUCCCAUCGCGUUGCUGCCGCCGCCUCCGGCAUUGCCGAUGCGGCCGAGCUUUUCUCGGUACGAGUCGUCCCCGACGUACAAAAACGAUCUGCGGCUGCGGGACUACCAAGUGGUGAGUUUGAAUUGGAUGGUCGAGAAGUGGCGGGCGCACGAAGGAAUGAUCCUGGGCGACGAAAUGGGCUUAGGGAAGACGAUCCAAGUGAUCGCUCUGCUGCACCAUUUCAUCACGGUGGAGAACCAGGAGGGCCCGUAUCUCGUGAUCUCGCCGCUGUCGACGCUGAAGAACUGGCUGCGCGAGUUCGCGACGUGGACGUCGAUCCGCGUCUGCUGCUACCACAGCGAGGGGAAGGGGAAGGACGAGCGUCAGCUCAUCCAGGCGUACAACUGGUUCUUCAAGGGCCUGCCAGCGCGCGGGCUGUACAAGUUCAACGUGCUGCUGACGACGUACGAGGUGGUGAUGAAGGACUGGGGCGUGCUGGGCGACAUCGCGUGGGAAGGCGUGGUGAUGGACGAGGCGCACCGCAUGCGGAACAACAACUGCAAGUUCAUGCAGUUCAUCUCCAAAGUGAAGACCGAGCACAAGCUGCUGCUCACCGGCACGCCGCUGCAGAACAACACGGGCGAGCUCUGGCCGCUGCUGAACUUCAUCGAGGUGAAGGAGGCGGGGACCAUGGCGCGGUUCAAAGAAGCGUUCGGCGAUCUGCGGUCCAACGAGCAGGUCGAGAAGCUGCGCGCAUUACUCGCCUCCUGCAUGCUGCGACGCGUCAAGGAGGACGUGGAGAAGAGUAUCCCGCGGAAGCAGGAGACCAUCAUCGUCAUGCAGCUCACCACCACGCAGAAACAGUAUUACAAAGCCAUCUACGACCGCAACCGCAGCUUCCUCUACAAGGGCUGCAAGAAGUCCACGGUCCCUUCCCUCAUGCACAUCGAGACGCAGCUCCGCAAGGUCUGCAACCACCCCUUCCUCAUCAAGAAGGAAGAACAGGCCGCCCUCGAAGCUCAGCAGGCUCAGCAGGCUCAGCAGGCUCAGCAAGCCGGCGAAAAUGGCGGCAAAACCGCGGAGGGCGAAGAAACCGCGGGAUCCUCGGCGUCUUCGGGUUCCGCGGUUUUGCCGCCCAUCGUGUCGUGCUCGGGGAAGAUGGUGCUGCUGGACAAGCUUCUCCCGCGGUUACAGUCGGAAGGGCACCGCGUGCUGAUCUUCAGCCAGUUCGUGAAAAUGCUGGACAUCCUGGAGGAGUACUGCCAGCUGCGCGCGUUCAAAGUGGCGCGGAUCGACGGGCAGACGAAGGGGAACGACCGGCAGACGGCGAUCGACGCGUUCUCGCGCGAGGACAGCGACUGCUUCAUCUUCCUCCUCUCCACGCGCGCUGGCGGGUUGGGCAUCAAUUUAACCGCGGCCGACACGGUGGUGAUCUACGACUCGGACUGGAACCCGCAGAACGACUCGCAGGCGACGGCGCGCUGCCACCGCAUCGGGCAGAAGCAGGAAGUCUCCGUCUACCGCCUGCUCACGCAGAACACCUACGAGUACGAGAUGUUCGAGCGCGCCUCGCGCAAGCUCGCCAUCGAGUCCGUCGUCCUGGACCGCGAGAAACCCGCGGGAACCGCGGGAGCCGCGCGGGAAGACUCGGUGUUGCCCGAGGAAUCGACGAUUUCCGCGGUGGAUUCGGAACGAAUCGGCGGCGACGACGCGAUGGAAAUCGAGUCGGUUUCGCUGGGAGAGGAGCGGAGCCGGCUCAAAGAUCUGCCGAACGACGAGGAGGACUCUCCCCGCGGGGAGAGCGACGACUCGCGGGACACGAAGGCGACGCUGGAGGACGAUCCGUCGAUCGCCACGGAGAAACCGGAGGCGCUGUGCGACUACGACAUCCCCGAAACGCCGGUUGUGGUUCCGAAGAAACACCGCGGGCGGAAGCGGACGAAGCAGCGGACGCUGGAGGACGAGCUGAACCCGCUGCGACGCAGCAAGAACGAAGUGGAGGAGAUGCUGCGUCGCGGAUUGUACAAGUGCGUUAUGGAGGACGCCGAUACCGACGCGCUCGAUUUCGAUUUGGAUCUCGACGCCAUUCUCGCGGGGACACACUCCGUUUCCACGGUUUCUCUCUUUGAUGUAGGCCAUCGCGCCGCAUGCUGCGGAUCCCCGCGAGGACGCGGCCAACCCGCAUGCUGCAGGGUCUCCCGCGGGGGGCGGUACGAUCUACACGAAGCGGCAGUUCAAUCCGGAAGCGAACGCGUCGCAGAUCGAGCUGAACGACCCCGAGUUCUGGGAGAAAAUGCUGAACCAUCCGGACGCGGACACGCUGUGGAAGCGACUGCAGGACACGCAUUACAUGGAGGACCACGCGCUGGUGCUCACAUGGACGCGCGAUCUGGAGUUCUUGGUGAACGAGCUCUCCGAGGAGCUGCGGGAGGACAACACGAGCGAGUACGCGCUGCACGAAGCGGAGACCGUGAAUCGAAUCCUCGUCACCGCGUCCGGAAUGCCCACCGUCUUCGGCAAGAAGCUCGCGCAGCAGAUGUUUCAUUGGAUCGAGCAGCUCGAGACGCUCCGCUUCCGCCGACGCACCACCAAACGACCCGGUUUCCACGAUUCCACGAUUCGAUGUAGACGAUCUGCUGCUGAGCGCGCCGACGAAAGCUCCGGACACGAUCCAGGGCAUGUGCUUCCGCUGCUAUCGCGAGGAGGGUCCGGAGAGAGAGCACCAGCUGAUCGCGUGCGCGGGUCGCUGCUGCCGGCAGUUCCAUUUGGGCUGCGUGGGGCUGAAGCAGGCGCCGAGCAAGUGGAAGUGCCGCGCCUGCGUGACCAAGCAGCGCGAGUGUUUCCUCUGCCAUCGACGCGGACAGGAGGGAGACGCGGUGGGGAAGGGCAAGAAGCGGAGCUUCGCGUUCUACGAGCAGUGGCUCCGCGUGAACGACAUCGAACAAUUCAUUACGCUGUUCGGAUCGGGCGGAGUGAUCGACGCGGAUCGCAGUCUGUACCAGAUCGACGAGCCGCUGAUUAAAUGCGCGCAGCACAACUGCGGAUGCUUCUAUCACAUGUCGUGCGUGCAGAAGGCGGCGGACCGCUUCGUGCGGUAUGAGGAGCAGCAUCCCUGCAUGUUCCGAUGCCCGCGGCAUUAUUGCAGGCUCUGUGGAAAGAAUGCGCUGAAUCAAGUGUUGUUGGUGUGUGUAAAGUGUCCGAACGCGUUCCACGCGAGCUGUCUCAGCACGAUUCCGCACCAGACGCUCGUUCGUAAGUUCAUUAUUUGUAACGAGCAUGAUGCCGAAACCAAGCCGUCGAAGCGGAAGAGCGCGACGGAGACUGCGGGAAAAGACGACAAACGCGCGGAGAAGGAGGGCGGCCGCGUGGAGAGCGCGCGGAAAAGGAUGCGCGUGACGCGCCGCAAGAAUGCUCCGAUCGCAGAGAAUGCCGAUGGGGAAGACAUGGAGCUGUAGUUAUAUUAUACACGUAUCGUUUUGAG